GUUCUACAGUCGGUCGCGAAAAUGGACCAGUCGAGUUCCGAGCCAUGCGGCGUGGGCGACCAUAAUGGCGUCCAAGGCCUUAACAGCAAAAUAAAAUCACUGCAAAUUUCGUCAGAUUCCACAAAUAAUAAUGCGGAGGCGUGGAAACGCUGGUGGCAGCAGUUGGAGCUGUAUCUGUUGGCCACGGGUUUGGAUAAGGCACCCGAAAAGCGUAAGAUAGCUAUCUUGUUACAUCUCAUAGGUGAAAAGGGCUUAAAUAUAUUCAAUACUUUCAACCUCACCAUUGAGAAGACCACGCUUGCCGAAGUCAAGUCCAAAUUUCAGAAUUUUUUUGAGCCCAGAAGGAACAUAACCAUGUGCCGUCACAUGUUCUUCACCAGAAAGCAACAGAAAUCCGAGUCGAUCGAAGGAUUCCUAGCAGAUCUGGAGAACAAAAGCCAAGAUUGUGAAUUUGGAACACUCAGGGAAUCGCUCAUCAGGGAUAUUUUCAUUGCAAAUCUGCAUAUGGAUUUAGCGCAUGUACGUCAGAGACUACUCCAGGAACCUGAUCUGACAUAUCAGAAGAUGCGAGAACUGGCAACAACACUGAUCGUCGCACAGCAGGAUGCUGAAAAAAUUGUCAGUAGUUCCAACGUUGAAAAGUCAGAAAAUGUCAUGCAUCUACGUCGGAGGAGCCGUAGUCGAGGGGAUCGUCGACAGCGAGCUUCACCAGUCGGUCAGCAGGGUUCUGGCGCAGGGAAGUCUCCCAACCCUGAAAGGCGCUCGAGGACGUGUAGCCGCUGUGGGCAAUCUCACCGCUACAAGUGCCCAGCGCAAGGAGUCAAAUGCAGGUCAUGUAAAUCAUUUGGUCAUUUUGCUAAAUAUUGCUUCAAAAAUAAAAAUAUCAGUCAUUUAGAGUCGUUUAAUUCAAGUCAUAGUCAUAAUAAUAAUCAAGAUUAUUUUGUUGGAAUUUUGAAUAGUCAUAGCUCCAGUCAAAGUCAUAAGUCUAAUUGUCAUUUAAAGUCAUAUAACAGUCACUACAAACAUGUCAGGUGAUAUCAAAAAUUUAGUAGAACAAUGUCUUAUAUGUGCGAAAUUCAAACCUUGUAACCAAAAAGAACCAUUACAAAAUUUUGAGAUUAAUAAGUAUCCAUGGCAACAAGUUGGUAUUGAUUUAAUGUAUAUUGAUAACCUUUCUUAUUUAAUUGUUACAGAUUAUUAUUCUAAAUACAUAGAGAUAGCUUUGUUAAAUAAAAAUAGUACAGCCAAAAAUGUAAUUACACAUUUAAAGUCUAUUUUUGCCCGUCAUGGUAUACCUUUGUCAUUAGUGUCUGACGGUGGACCUCCUUUCCAAUCUUUAGAAUUCAAGAAUUUUUUACAUGAAUGGGACAUAGAACAUAUUAUUACUAGCCCAUAUCAUGCACAGUCAAAUGGUCAAGCAGAAAGUUCAGUCAAAAUUGUAAAAAAUAUGUUGAAAAAAUGUAAAGAAAAUUCGUCUGAUCCUUAUAUAGCCUUAUUACAAUAUAGAAAUACACCUAAAAAUAAUUUACCAUCCCCAGCACAACUGUUAAUGUCUAGGAAUUUAAGAGAUAAUGUUCCAAAGUCAUAUAAAAAAUUAAAACCAAAGGUUGUAAAAUUUAAAGAUUACAAAGAAUGUGUAAACAAGAAUAAUGUCAAUAAGUCAACAUAUUAUAAUAGAAAUUCUAAGCCUUUGUCAUUGUUGUAUCCUAAUGAUCAUGUCUACUUUAAAAGAAAACCAAAUUAUAAUUGGGAACAUGCCAUUGUCAAGCAAAGGCUGGCAAAUAAUAGGUCAUAUGUCAUUGAGGAUGUCAAUGGAGUUAGGUAUAGGAGAAAUAGAAUUCACUUAAGGCAUAAGUACUCUCCUAUGCUAUCCAACUCGUCGUCGUCGUUGUCAUCGUCGCAGGGGAGAGAGGAUGGUGACAGUCAGAAGGCUGGACCUCAAGAACUCUCAUCUCAAUCCUCAAGUAGUCAAAUUGUCACACGUUCAGGUCGAUUUGUAAAGCCUUCUCGUAGGCUAAUAGAAGAAAUAGAUUAAGUAUAUAAUUGUAAUCUAAAUUAAGUCAUAAUUAAGUAAAAACCUUUGUCUAUCAUAACUAUGUAUAAUAAAGUCAAUUUUUGUCAAGUCAGUCCAUAGUCUUAAGUCUAUUGUUUGUCAAGGGUUAAUUUAAACUUAACAGGGGGGAUGUUGUAACAUCACUAAUUAGUAAUACUAAUUAGUACGUCACUAAUAUAAUAACUUCCGCUAUGAUCUGUCAUCUGUCUUUUUCCAUAUCCUUUGUAUGGGUCGACUAUGUAACUGUGGUACAGUGAAUGUGUGUUGUGAAAUAAAACUCAAGUAACCCAAGA